AUGCACGCUCUCCGCUGUGCCGGACGGCACGCCAGCACAAUUCCGAAGCCAUCUUCGGGAAUCCGCAGGGUACCUCCGUCGAUAAACCUAAUAACUGCCAACCAAUCGGCACAGACAGCAUGCAGGCGGCCGUACUCGUCCAAAACUAAUGACGCCUCCUCUGAGCGUGGUACCCCGAUCAGAGAGCUGGGGACAGUAGGCAAAAUCGAAGAAUACUACCAGCUCCAGAGGGUCAAGGGAAUGACACCCAAUGAAGCUGCUAGAGAUGAGGCGAUUAACGAAAUCAACCGGGAGAAAGUCAACCCGGAAGGAGGAAUCCCAUCACUCCGCUUUACCGACAUCAAAACCGGGACAAAAUACCAUGCAGGGCGCUCGCUAGUUACUGGAGAGGAAGCAAAGGAGCUUUAUAACGAAUUCAAAGCCCAUACCGCCAUUGUGAAGCCGGGGCCCACAGAUUUGCCGGGCAAACCGACGCAAGUUCACAUUUUAUACAGAGAACCGACGUCACCACCUGAACGAAUACUUGAGAGCAUUCGAAGAUUAUGUUUCAACCCAUCUUACAUCGUAACAAAGGAGUUCGGCCCACAUGCAAUAAAGAGCACAGAUUUGAUCAACGUGGAGCUGGGGUAUUGCUCCCAUUACUUACCACAUGAAAUGAAACCCAUGGUGUUGGUGCACAAGAACUGGACGAUAUCAAAGGGCGGAAGGUCGCUAGAAAAGAUCUUUCGCUUUGAUAAUAGAACUUCUGCCCGGGAUUUUGCAAAUGGGCUUCAACGGCUUAUCAAAAUCAAGGUCACCAAAACCAUGCUUGUAGAACACCACCCCGCAUUUGGUAUUUAUGGUCGACGAGUUUUUGUUCGUUGGGGUACCGAACAGCCGCAUGAAGCCAUUUCCUCGUGGGAUAUUGCCUGCGCCAAGCAAACGGAUAGAUGGGCAGGUGCAUGCAACGUCAAAGAUUUACUCCCUGAAAUCCUUGACUGGACCUUUGAUACCAAAUUUGUGGAUAAAAGUAACCCGGAACAAACUCACCAGACACAGACACAGCAAUCGGACCCUGAAACCAACGCUUCGGAUAAUUUGAUGGACAUUAUCGAAGGAUUGAUGGCGACUACGAAGAGUCUGAUGCAAGCUGCUGAAGAACCUUCAACAGUCCAAUCUACUCUGUCAAUGGCAUCGGAGGCUUUGUCAAAGACAAUAGAAAAGAUUUCGAAGGAGAAAGAGGAAAAUAAGGAAUCGGCGGCCGCCAAAGAGGCCGAGGUUCUCCGAUGGUUAAACAGCGAAGAGGGAACCCCCAAGCAGGAAUCACCAAAGGAAACCGUGGGCGUACCUCAGGAGGUCAUCGGAGAUUUGGCGCCUGCGGCAGAGGUGGAGGGCUCGGAAAUUGUAAACGCUGAAGCUACAAAAGCAGAGACUGUAGAUGUAGUAGUGGAUGUACAGACUGAGUACCUGCCUUCAGAAACAACUGAACCACAAACCGCUGAAGCAACCACCGUUAAAUUAGAGACGGAGGCCGUGCCGGCGGAAGUGACAGAAGCUGUGCAAGCUGAGGCGACAAAAACUGAGGCUGAGGAUGCCCCAACAGACGGCCAGCCCCCAAAUAAUGAGAAGACAUCCCAGUGA